UGAUGAGGCAUAGCGGUCUAUGCGACAGAGGAGCAUUGGCGGUCGGCGUCAGUUUGAUAUUAUUACCUAUGUCAAUUUAUUUGUUAUCAAUAUGUAUUAAAAUUGUAUGUCUUCUUUCAGCAUGUCAGAGAGUUGGACAAGUAUCGUUGAAGAACUGGUUGACAGUUUGUUGCUUGUUAAUAAUGAGCUUAUAGAUUUUUCAGGCGAGGAAAAUGAAAAUGGUGGAUUCGAGUUAGAACAUUUCUGGAAAAAGCUAUUCCCAGCAGCAGUAGUUGGGGCCAGCAGGGAGAAGUGGCGUCUGCAGCGCGAUGUCGGGGCUACCGGUGCGGUGUGCAGGGCUGGCCAGCAGAACCGUGCACCACGAGGUGACCAAGCUGUGCAUGGGCUUGUCGAGGGCCCCGGUGCCCGCGCAGCAGGAGAUGUGCGCCAUGCUGGAGAGUGCGAAGGCAGCCGUGCUGGGGAUGGUGUCCGUGCUGCGCUCGCUGCCUCGCUCGUGUGGCCGCACGCUGCUCCGGGAGGUCGGCAAGGCCGUCGCGCUCAUCGUCGACAGCGUGGUCCCUGUGCUCCGGUCGCUCAGGUUCCGUGGCUCCAAGGCCAAGAAGGAGCGACUGAAGCACACGGCCUGUGUGUGGGAGGCGUGUGACCGGCUCGAGGCGUGCUCGCGCGACAACACGGCGGCCACAGCCAAGUUGUUGCAGUGGAACGAGACCUUGCUGAGUGAUGCCUUGCAGGAGCUGGAAGAGGAGGUGAGGGCGGAGCGGGCGGGCCUCGGCGAGCUGGGCGGCUCGGAGCGCUGGAGCCACCGGGACCGGGAGCUGGCGGGAGCGUGCGCGGGCCUGGUGAAGACCGCGCGGGCCUGCGUGAGACGCGCGGGGCGUGCGGUGCGCCACAACGCUGCUCCCGCCCACGUGGCUCAGCUGGACUGCCUCGCGGCCGCCGUCCAGCUGCUCAGCCCUGCCGUCGACGACCUGGUCUGCUCCGUCUACCCGCCCGUGAGCCAGGAGCUCGUCAAGGCCGCGGCCGCGAGCGUGGUCGACAAGGUGCAGGCCGUGCUCCACACGGCGCGCGACGGCCACUACGGCACGGACGACCAGGAGUGGGUGUGCUUCCUCCUCAAGGCUGUCGACCACAACAACAACAGACUGCAGCCACUGCUGUCCCCCUAGCCCGCCCUGCAGUUGUUUAUAACCGUGUUCAAUGCUAAAUAAAUUUGGAAACAAA